CCGCUGUAAUCUAACAUAACCUUGACAUGAUAUAAAAUAGUAGAAUACGUAAUUAUUUCAAUGAAAAUUAUCAUAACGAUGCCUAUGGUACCUAUAUGUUAAUAUCCAAUAGUUAUGCAAGAUCAACAUUGACUGCCUUUUAUCUUCUCCUAGUAGUAAAGUUGCUAUUCAGUUUCCACAAUGGCGAAGCUACUAGCGUCACUAAAAAGCAAAGAAUUCAGGGAUUACCUGAUGAGCACACAUUUCUGGGGUCCGGUAGCAAACUGGGGCAUUCCUUUAGCAGCCAUUGCAGACACUCAGAAAGAUCCCAGUUUUAUAAGCGGGAAAAUGACAUUUGCGCUGUCGCUGUACUCGCUCAUGUUCAUGCGGUUCGCGUGGCGCGUGCAGCCGCGCAACAUGCUUCUCUUCGCCUGCCACUUCACCAACGAGUGCGCGCAGCUCACGCAGGGCGCGCGCUUCAUCAACUACCAGUACCUCGGCGGCAAGGCCGCUAGCGAGAAUAAAGCGGCCAGCGACAAAACUAGCGAGACUAGCCAAAAAUAAAUAUAACGAGACGUUGUCCCGAUCAACGUAGCCUUCCCAGCCAUCUUUGUAGUAGCCGAAAUACCUGAAUCAAAAAUAAUCACCCUUUUUUAGGGUGGUUAAAACAGAGAUGGACUUGGUUAGUUUUAAAAAUGUGUCGACGCGUAUGAAAAUUACUUAAGUCCUCAAAAGUUUCAUAAAUAAAAUUCUGUUAUAAUUUUGCGUGGACUAAAGCAAUUUUGAUAUGUAGACAUAAAUGAACGUUACAGUUUCUUAGCCGAAUUUGACACGUUUUAUGCCAGUUUCGUUUUAUUUACAUUGCAUAAGUUACCUUAGCUAUCUGUUAUUAUUUAAGAUUUAAACACUGGAAACCUUAAUGAGCAGAUAGUUAGUUAAUUUGUAAGUAGGUAGUCACUUAUGGCAUCGCUCUGAUACUUUACUGUUACCAUUUUAACAAAUAGUAAUCAAGAAUCAAAUAGUAGUCUUAGUUUGAACUUAGUAACAAUGUAGCCACUCAUGAAUGACGAUAUCUUUAUCGAUUAAAUAAGGAAGAAAUAAAUACCUAGCUAUUAUAAUUAUAUUGGUAAGGCUGAUUCAAAUUUUGUAGACCUUAUUUUUUUAAGUCGCAAUCGCUUAAUGUAGUCCCACAAGGAAAAUCAAUGUGGAUUUGUCAGAUUUUUUAAUUAAGUACUUUUUAGGGGUUGCGAUCGAACUUUGAAAGUUUUUUUUUAUAUUAGUUUUCGUUUUUUCCUUGUGGAACAAAGAGUCAGAAUAUAACACGAUUUUUAAAAAUAAUUAAGUACUUACAGUCAUGUUUUUGAGGUACUGAGUAUUGAUUGAUUCAGCAGUGUGGAGUCCUAAAGCGUGAAAAUAUCAACGGUAUUCUGUAUUGUCAAAGAGGUAACACAUUAAUAAUAUGAAUAUAUCUUGACUCACCAUCUCAAAAUAAAAAUAAAGCGAAAAACGAAAAUAAAUAAAAAAUCCUCUUGUAUGGAAGGUCCAAAUUUUCAAAGUGCGGGCAACGACCCUUAAAAAAGAAUUCAAAAUAUAGAUAUCAAUAUCAAAUAAUUAAUUAUUAAAGGUCCUUAUCACGUCUGUGGGUAGGUAAGGGGGCUCUAUUCGACUAUUUGGCAUGUCAGCUAAGUUCAUGUAAGAACUUUCUUGUGUAAGAUAGCUUAUGUACUCAUGAAUUUACAAUAAAGUGCCAGUAGCCACCUCAAGACCUGUCAAUCUGACGAGUCAAAUAGGCCUCCAGCCCUCCAGUUAAAUGUAUGUAUAUGACAUAUGCUUACAAGUUGAAACUGAUUUCGUUCUUCUUGAGUAUAGGUAGGUAUACGGCGAGCUGCAAACGUAAAUUCCAUUCAUAAAGUAGGUAUGUACUUUUGCAGCUGGGUUCUACUCAUUAUGUUAAUAGGGGUAUUACUGCAAUGUACUGCCGCCAGAGUGCAGCACGAGCACAUCUUGUAAUCCAUACGUAUACAUAUUGCCUACGCCUUGAACAGUUUUUUGAGAAGUUUUCACUAUGACAGUGUAUCAAGGCUGUUUGUUUAUCGAUCGUCUAUCGCAAAACGCAAAAAUCUAAAUUUCGUUUCUGCUUCUUUAUCGCUUGAAUAUGCAAGAUUGAUAGGGAGACAGAUAACGAAAUUCAGAUUUUUGUGUUUCGCGGUAGGCCCUCAGUAUGUGCUAGUGGCGCUCUCUACGCAAGUUUUGCGUAAUAUUAAUAUUCUCUAUUACGAAGUGAUAAUUAAGGUAAAUUGUGCUAGUGUCGAAACUGACAUGACUCGAUCCAUUAAUUAUACGUAGGUUGUAUAUUCUUUAUGUUUGUAAAGAUGGGUAUAUUUUUUGACUAUUUAUGAAUAUCUAAUUUUAUUACAUUUUAUUGUUGAUCUGUUUAA